AAUUGUCAGGCGGUUUGAUUUGUUGUGAAAGGACAUCCAGUUGUCCUGAGAGAGGUGCUGUUGCCACAUUCUUGUCAGCAGCUUCUCUCUGGCAGUUCAGGGUUUGUCAGUGAGUUUCCUAUGCUUCACAAACACGAAAUAAAUAAGUUUAAGUAAUAAUGUACAGAUACUUUAUUGAGCCCAGUCAAUUGCUGUUAGUAACUGAUGUUCUCUGCAAUGCUUUUCACACGGUAUUGAACACAAGUCUUAGGAGAGGCAUUCAUUUGCUGCGUGUGUCCAUCAAACCAAAUCUCCACCCAUCAACCAGUAUACAACAUGUAAAUAAAACAAGUUAAACCACAUUUUCUACAUAGCAAUUGCAUAUUCUUUUCAGAUUUCCAUACUGGUGAAAAACAAAUGCCCGAAUUAAAGUAUGUAUGUCCCUGUUUCGUGGAAAGACGAUACUGGGGCUAUAAUAUUGGAUUUAAUAUCUUCCUGAUGUUGUCCAUUGUCUUUGUGGAAAAGGCACAAGGGAAAUUUGAAACCCCACAUCAUGACGACAACGGAAGUGACAUGCAGUGAGGGUUUUAUUGGAUUUCGAAGUGAGAUCAAUACGAAGUGUCCUGAAACAUGUAUCAUGCAUCCUUGUAGCCCAACAUGUGAAAGAUUUAUCUAGGCCACCAUCUCCCCCAUCGACUGAAGCAUCUCCCAGACUGCUGCUCGCGCACGUCUAUUGUGAGCUGAGCGGUGCGCGCACGGGCCAGAUCGGGGGCGCGCGAGAGGAGAGGAGACACGCGAAGCGCGGUGGCGUUAAAGAACCUUACAAGCACAACAUCUGAACAGGAUCAGAGUGUGUAACGGAGGAUUUAUUCCGCCGCCAGGAUGUGUACCCCGUGUUGUGUGUCUCAGCUGGCCUGCUGCUGCGGCUCGGAUGCAUGCUCCCUGUGCUGUGGCUGCUGUCCGAAGAUCAAACAGUCCACGUCAACGCGCUGUAUGUACGCCCUCUUCUUUAUGCUGAUCACGGUGACCUGUGUCAUCAUGAUGUCCCCCACUGUGGAGAAGGGAAUGCGAGAUCAUAUUCCAUUCUACUCUGAAAUGUGCCAUCAGCUCAAUGCAGGGGAGAACUGCAGUACUCUAGUGGGCUAUUCAGCCGUGUACAAAGUCUGUUUCGGCAUGGCCUGCUUUUUCUUAUUAUUUGCUGUGUUCACUAUUCGGGUGCAAACCAGCACGGGAUGCCGGGCAGCUGUUCACAACGGAUUCUGGUUCUUUAAGUUUGUGGCUUUGCUGGCCUGCUGUGCAGGAGGAUUUUUUCUCCCAAAUGAGGAGAAAUUUUUAGAAGUCUGGCGUUAUGUGGGAGCCGCUGGAGGUUUUCUCUUCAUCCUCAUUCAGCUAAUGCUGCUCGUUCAGUUUGCCCACAGAUGGAAUCAAAACUGGAGCUCAGGAGCCAAGUAUAAUAAAAUGUGGUAUGCAGCGCUGGCUCUGGUCACACUGGUGCUGUUCUCUGUGGCAGUGGGUGCCAUGGUGUUCAUGAUCAUGUUCUACACGCACCCAGAAGCCUGCUUCCUCAACAAGCUCUUUCUGGGAGUCAACUGCGGCCUCUGUUUCAUCGUGUCUCUGCUGGCCAUCUCGCCCUGCAUUCAGACCUUCCAGCCUACCUCGGAUCUGCUGCAGCCUGCGGUCAUCACCGUCUACGUCAUGUACCUCACAUUCUCAGCACUCGCCAGCAAACCCAUCGAAACCGUGGCCAAUGUCACUGUCUGCAUCUUUCCCUUCAACUCGGGUCUGAAAAGCGACACUAACAUAGUGACUGGUGUCGGAACGGCUAUACUGUUUGGCUGCAUACUCUACUCUUGUUUGAUCUCCACCACCAAGAGGAGCUCUGCAGCUUUGCGAGUAUACAGAAACGAUAUGCCAGAAAAUGAGAGAGCACGCUGCUGUUUCUGCUGGACUGAUGAUACAGACCAUUAUGAUGAUGAAAAGACAGCAGGAGGACAGAACGUGAUGUAUGAUGAGAAAGAGGGCACUAUCUAUAGCUACUGCUAUUUCCAUUUUGUCUUCUUCCUUGGCUCCCUCUAUGUCAUGAUGACUGUAACAAACUGGUUUCAUUAUGACAGUGCAAAGAUCGAGAGGCUGCUGGAGGGGAGCUGGUCUGUGUUCUGGAUCAAGAUGGCAUCCUGUUGGGUCUGUCUCUUUCUGUACAUGUCGACCCUGGUGGCCCCCAUGCUCUGCCCAAAGAGAUUUGAAGCCUAAAAACCUUUGAUCCAAUAUCACCACUGUCCAGUUACUACUACUGUGUGAGUGAGUGUGUAUAUGUGUGUAUUUUUUAUUUUUAUUUUGUAAUUUGUUAUUUCAUUUUUUAUUUGUUUAGAAUUUUCAAGUAAAAGCUUUGAAUGCCUCAAA